AUGGCGCUCGCCAGUUUUGCUCUCAUCAACCAUCGAUGGAAACCGGCCACACUAGUGCGAUCCGAAUAUGAAGUUUAUCGUCUGCUUCCGGGUUAUCUUUCAAAGGAAACGUUUGAUCAGCGAAUGAACGACAUUGAGAAACUCAUUCGUAAAAAGUAUCCACAUAUUUGGCUCGAUACACACUUGUUCGCUCUGGCGAUUUGCCUUCUCAUAUUGGCAGGCGUAUUUGCAGUGAUUGUGCAUAUCAAAGAUAUCAUGCAAUGGUACCCCCUUCUUAUUCUUAUCGCUCCAGCCAUCAUUGCAUAUUGGACCACGUGGCGGAGGAGUACCUACUUAUUACGAUUAAACAAGGCAAGAACGACGAGGCGGUACCUGAUAAUUCAAAUGACCUCCCAUGAUAUCAAUUCUCAGGUCAAAUGGGGUUAUCGAAGGUUACGGGAUGAUGACAGUGCACAGACUUUGCAUCUUGCCGAUCCAUUGGGUAAGCACAGGGUGAGCUUGAUUAUAGAGAUUAUUCAAAUCGAUAUGGAGAUGCAAGCCAGUUGCGAGAUGAGCGAAUUGCUACCUUCGUAUCGCGCCGCAGCCGACGAUGUCGUUCUUGAUAUCGGCCCA